UUGCAGCCGACUGCAUUGUGGCGUUGUCGUCGUCGCAGUUGUCGCAAUUGUCCGUAGACCCUGAGCCAACGAUAGACGAAGCAUUUUCGAUCCAGACACUGACGUUUGAUACUACUGCUUACCGUGUUGCCGAAUAAGGGAAUAGAGCUACAAGACGCACGUCACGGUGGCUAGAUUUACGGUGGGCCAAGUUAACGCAGGUGUAUAAACAUAACUAUAACGGACUGUGUCUGUGCUGUACGUCCCUGUCUGUCUCAUUACGUAACGCCGGAUCGCUAACUUGUAUAUUCAACCUGUAAGACCGCUACGAGCGGAGAGAAACAGCAUCUGUAUUCAGCUGAUCUUUGACGGCGGUCUGCAGAUGGUGGCAGCGACUGAUGAUUCCUCCGGGACGACCGCCUCAUCCCCGGAGGCGAAAGUUCAAUUGACUCUCUACUACCAUCGAUACUCGUUCUACUCCCAAAAGGUUCUCCUGGCGUUGUACGAGAAAAAAUUGGACUUCAAACUUCGCGAGGUUGACAUAACUCGAGGGGAGCAAUACGGAGCUUGGUUCCUGGGGUUGAAUCCACGCGGGGAAGUUCCGGUACUCCAAGACGGUGAUAAAAUAAUACCAGAGUCGGUCCGUAUAAUCGAUUACCUCGAGGAUCAUUUCACCGGUGACAAUGUGCCGUCCCUCGUCCCGUCGGAAGCCUCGAGCAAACAGAAGAUUCUCGAGUUGCGUAAGGUGCUCGAUCAGCUUCCCGGAAAUGUGUUGACCGUUGGCUCGUUUCACCAUAAAAAAUUCGUUGACAAACCGAAGCUCCCGUUCAUCGGACCCGUACGAUGGUUGUUGUCACGGGCCGAAGAAACCAGCGCUGAAACUCUGCGCAUAAAUGCUGAAAAAAUUCCAGCGGCGCGCGAAGUUCUACUGAGAAAAGCCGCCGCUCAAGAAAAAACUCACGAAAUUGUUCAGGACAAUGAUAAAUUCAACGACGCUUUGGCCCAGGUUGAAACAGCGCUUGAAAAAGUAGAAGAAGCUCUGAAACCAGGCCCGUGGCUUGGCGGGGAACAAUUCACCGUUGCUGAUGUCUCUCUGGCUGUUUUGUUAGAGAGGAUGUCGGGUCUGGGUUUGGACGGGAGACUUUGGGGCACUAGGACAGAUAUCAAAAAUUAUUACGACAGACUGCAGCAGAGGGAAAGUUUCAAGGCAGCCGUUCCGAGAGGCUGGUUACCCCUGCUCUCUCUGGCUCAAUGGCAAACGCCAGCCACUGUAACGGCCGUCUGUUCAGCCGUAAUUGCCGGAUUUCUUUGGUUCAAGAAGAGGCACUGACGCUCUUAUCUCGUUCCGCCGAUCAUUCAAAUAUACGCAUAAAAUCCGUUAUUUGUGAAUUAGGAAAUAUAACGACGUUCUAGACGUUUAUGUAUGUGUGUGUAUGUAUACAUAUAUAGAUAUGAUAUUAUAAAUAUACUAUGCACAAAGUUCUGUGAUAUUUGUUGAAAAUGUUCUGUCAAAGUAUCCUCAAAACUCGAACAAUAUAUUUUCAAAUAUUAGUAAUCCUCAUGAAAACCUAUAUUCAAUAAUAAUAAUAACAAUCGUAACAAAACCAAUUCGCAGAUCUUGAAAACCUAUAAUCUGAUGCUGACGGAAAAAUUUAAAGACUGUUACUCCUGGGUAAAUUUUUGUAACCCGUACUCUACGGAUAAGUCCGUAGACUAGGGCCAUAAGAAGCCGUUUUAACGAUCCGGUAGCCUCUUUACUGUUGGUAGACGUUUUAACACAAAAUCCCAUAAGACACACAAACCCCAUUAUGGUAACUAUCUUUAGUCAACGCUUUAUGCUUUCAUCAUCAUUGUCGAUAAAGGUGUAUCGAUAAUGACAUUAUAAAGUACAAGUCAUGUCGUAUUCCCUAUUGAUUAUUCAUGAUAGGUGAAUUGCAAAACGAAAUCACCUACUAUAUAUUCCAAAUGGAAAUAAUUCGGGUUAUAUGGAGAACCAUGUAGACAUCAGUGAUAAAAUAAAUUUAUUAUUCAAGAAAGACAGUAUAGACUUACUAUAGAGUAUCCUUAGUUACCAAACAACUAAUAUAGUUCCCCAUUGCCCAAUACACAUUGAUUGAUUAAUGAAAAUCUGUCUCAUGAUCAGGUUCAGCAAGAUCACGGGGUCGUGAAUUUAAGACAAUAAACAAAAUUUAGAAAUGUAUAAAAAUAAAUUUUUUUACAGCUUAAAAAUGAAUUCUAUAUGAAAGAUGUGUAUUCUUGUAAAUUUUAACGCCUAAAUUCAUACCUUCUAAAAUACACUUGUCAGUGAACUAGUUACACCGAAAUUUGCCCAAGAUCCAAUGAUUAUGUGAUACCAAGUUUACCAGAACGUAAUAGUAUUUGUAUCCAACACCCGCAAUUACUUUCAAACUCGUGCAUGAUAAGCUCGUCAUCGUACUUGUUUAAUCAGUACUCCAGAAAGUUUAAGUCAAUAUUACGAUAAUAAAUACUCCCAUUGAAAACCGCCUGACAUGAAUAAAACAAACAAAACAACACCAAUAAAAACACGUUGAUAAAUUAUACUAUGUGUAUAUAUUAAUAAAUAAUAUGCUGUAUUAUAAAUAGCAAUUGCUCUAAUACAAAAUUCAGGUAACAAUCCAGGUAGAGGGUAGUAAAUCGUUUGAUAUAUCUGUUUACACCUGACAAAUAUAUUUACAUGGUAUCCAGUGAGAUUGGCAUGUAAAAUUCCCUAACUUUGCAAAA